AUGAUUCAGAGGAACGAAGUGGUGCUGUCUAUCCUGAGAGAGCUCCAGGAGGCCACGGAGUGCUCAGGCCUCGACCCUCUCAUUCUGAAAGCCCUGGAGGUGGGCCGGCUCCUGGCUCCCUUCCCACUGCCCCGCAAGCCCUGUCAGAACUUCCCCGAGUGGGCCGGGGUGGAUGACGUCGCCCAGCGCUUGUACCCCCGGGACGCUCCUGCGGACCUCCUGCCGCUGCGCUGCAAAGGAAAGGGCAACCUGCUGUUCGACGCAGCAAGCAUGCUCCUAGUGGGCAAUAGUGGGCUGAGUUUGGAGCUACAGGUAAGGACGGUUGUAGAAAUGGUCCUGUGGAAGAGAUACUAUCUUUCCGGGAUGAUUGACUCCAAGAUGAUGCUCCAGGCAGUCCGCUUCAGCCUCUGUGCUGAGGAGUCCGAGGCCAUGCUCAGCCUGUCAGCAAGCGUCCUGGAAGCUAUAUUCGACGCAGACGUCAAGGCUUCAUGUUUCCCUGACUCCUAUGCCAACAUGUGGCACGUGUAUGCGCUGGCGUCCGUCCUUCAGGUCAACAUCUACUCAGUCUACCCCAUGUUCAACCACAAGAUUCGAUCCUACUUCAACCGACUUAUCCGGCCCAGGACUUGGCCCAAAGAGCACGAGCCUCGAACCUUCCACAUAAUGUGGUCUGGCGAGCUGCAAUCUCAGACUUUGUUCCGACCCGAUCACUUCGUGGCACUGGUCCAUAUGAGCGACUUUGCUUCGAGUAGUCGUAAGAGUGAGGAGCUCCUCAACCGAGACUCUAAGUUCUCUUAUCUGAGUCUGAAGGACAAGUACAACAUCACAAAGACGACCUUCUACCGCUGGAAGAGGCAGUCUCAGGAGCAUUGUAAGAAGUCCACUGCCCGCUACGAGGCUAAGUACUUCCUGCAGGCGUGUUACCUGGGAGGGAAGCUAAUCCCGUUGCACCAGUUUAAAGAGUUCUUCCCAGAAAUCUCUAGGUCGUCCUACUACAACUGGAAGCAGGAGCUCCUCAAGUCAGGCGGAGCUUUCUCCACAUCAUCUUCCACCGGAGAGAUAAGUCCUGGUGAGAGCACAGAGCAGGAAGCCUGGUCCUCACCUGAGGCGAGACCGGACGAGUCGGAUCAACAAGACAGUGUGGCCAGCAUGUUCGGCCUCAAUAUGGGGCAGCUGGAUCUGGAGCGGACCCAGAGUGUGGCCCACAUGCAGCAAGCUAAACGCUGCCUACAGAACUGCAUAGCCACCAACGCCUCAUUUCCAUUCAGGCUCUUCAAGCGCAACUUCCCUGGCAUUUCCAGGUCCACUUAUUACAACUGGAGGAGAGAGGCCUUGUUGUUCAACAGCAGCUACAAAGCCAGCAGCUCAGACAGCUCAGAUGCUGACAAAAGCCAAAGUCCUAAAAGCAUCUCGCCAGUGUUGCAGACCCACGGUGAAGCUGCUCCACGGAUGAGGAUUUGCAGGCGAAGGCACAGAAGUUUCCGCUUGGCGUAUGUGAGUAAGAAGCAACUCCGAGAUGUCGCUAAGCUGCUGGUCCGCAGGUCCAAAUUAUCACUUAGCAAGUUUAGGCUCAGGUUUCCGACUUUGUCCCUCUGCUUCUUCUGGCUGUGGAGCAGCAAGAAAAAGAGGAUAGUGAGAGAACUCACCGACCCAAAAGCUGGGCAAACCCCAAUGGCAAGUGUCAACAUUGCAGAUAACCCGAACAGGCUCCCGUUUGUAGAGGUCCCCUCGCACGUCGGUGGCUCCAGUGCAGCUUCCCUGGGCACCCCACAUCCCAAACACGACCUGGCGGGCUUCCCGCCCUCUAUGGACGUGGUAGCCCUGGCCAACUUCAAAGCCAAGGCCAAGUUGUUUCUGCAGCAGCGCUUUGAGGAGAAGUCUUUUCCCACGUUCAAGGAAUUCCGCUCCUAUUUCCCCUUCACUCCUCGCUCCACUUACUACAUGUGGAAGCGGGCUCUGCACCACGGAGUGUCGCUAGUUCACGGCUGA